GUCAUAAGAUCUCAGAGUCAAGGAAAAAAUAUUUGUUAAUAAUAGAAGUUUUGACUGCCUCUUUUAAUUCUUAAAUAGAACAUAUAUUGCUUUUAAGUUGCCAGCCCGAACAGUCCAGAACACAUCUAAGGAGGGAAUCUUGUGUCUUUGUGAGAUCAGUGGCAUGUUCAGCAUGGCUCCGCUAGGUUAUCUUUUUCUACUGUGCCUCCUGGCUCCUGCAAAUACAGACUUUGUGAUAAACGGAUUAAGAAACAUUCAGAAAAGGAGCACUCAAGAGCCAAUAAAUGAUGUGGAGAUUUACAGCAUCAACAUUGACAGUAAAGUAACAUCUCGCUUCGCUCAUAAUGUCAUCAAAAGCCGAGCUGUCAAUCGAGCAAACAUUUCAAAGGAAGCCUUUUUUGAUGUAGACCUUCCUAAAACGGCUUUCAUCACCAACUUCAGCAUGAUAAUUGAUGGCGUUACAUAUGCUGGAGAAAUUAAGGAAAAAGAAGUUGCGAAGAAACAAUAUGAGACAGCCGUGUCAAGGGGUCAAACCGCAGGUCUUGUUAGAGCAUCUGGGAGAAAAACUGAAAAGUUCUCUGUGUCAGUCAAUAUAGCGUCACAGAGUAAAGUCACCUUCGAAUUGGUGUAUGAAGAAAUGUUAAAACGCAAUCUUGGGAAGUAUGAAAUGCUAAUCCAGGUGAAACCAAAGACUAUUGUCAAACAGUUCAAGAUUGAAGUUGAUAUUUAUGAGCCACAAGGAAUUAACUUUCUGGAUGCUACAGCGACCUUCAUAACAAAUGAUCUGCUGCCAGUGGUCAAAAAAUCAUUUGCUGGAAAUAAAGGCCAUAUCUCUUUUAACCCCACAAUUGAUCAGCAACGCAAAUGUUUAACCUGUGCUGACACCUUACUGGAUGGAGUCUUCACUGUAACGUAUGAUGUAAAUAGAGAGACCCCAGGAAACAUACAGAUUGUCAAUGGAUACUUUGUCCAUUACUUUGCACCGUCCAAACUCCCAGAAGUGCCAAAAAAUGUUGUUUUUGUAAUAGACAGGAGCGGAUCAAUGUCUGGCACCAAAAUGACACAGACCAAAGAAGCUCUGCUUAAAAUAUUGAUGGAUCUCAAAGAACAUGAUCACUUUAAUUAUGUAAUAUUUGAUGAUAGAAUAGAUGAGUGGAAAGAUUCCUUAAUAAAGGCAACUCCAGAGAAAGUGGAAGAAGCAAAGACAUUCAUCACAGGCAUUUCCGCACGAUCCAUGACAAACAUCAAUGACCCUUUGCUAAGAGCAGUUGACUUACUGGAUAAAGCCCAUAAACAGAAUUACCUUCCCAACAAUAGUGUCUCCAUGAUUAUUCUGUUAACGGAUGGUGAUGCCAACACAGGUGAAUCAGAUCCUGCCAGAAUACAAGAAAAUGCAAAAAACAAAAUUCAAGGGAGAUACACCUUGUAUUGCCUUGGAUUCGGCCACCAUCUGGAUUACAGUUUCCUAGAGAAGUUGGCACUGGAAAAUGCAGGUGUGGCUCGCAGAAUUUACGAAGACUCUGAUGCGCAGUUGCAACUACAGGGGUUUUAUGACGAAGUGGCUAAUCCCACCUUGAUGGAUAUUGAAAUACAGUACCCAGAGAACGCGGUGUCUGAUGUCACUAAGAGCAGCUAUAAGCAAUACUUUGAUGGAAGUGAGAUUGUCAUUGCUGGACGUAUUAUAGAUAAUGAUUUGAAUUCAUUUACAUCAGAAGUGAAAGCCAAAGGAGCUCUUGAUUCCUUAUACUACAAAGAAGAAGUGGAUCUCAAGGAAAAAGAUGAUGCCCAGAAACAGCAGGAAUAUAUAUUUGGGGACUUUACAGAGAGACUUUGGGCAUAUCUUACUAUUCAGCAGUUAUUAGAAAAACGUGUUUUUGCAAAGGAACCAGAAAAAAGUAACCUGACAGCCGAAAUCCUGGAACUUUCCCUUAAUUACAAGUUUGUGACUCCAGUGACAUCGAUGGUUGUUACAAAACCAGAGGAAAAGGACAAACCACAGGACACAUUCAUUGCUGAUAAAUUUGUGGAUGGUAUAAAAGAUUCUCAUAGUGUGUUUGCUAUACAAAAGCAAACCGCUACUGGAGGAAACAAAAAGGUAGAAAGGGUUGAUUCAGAUCCUCACUUUGUUAUACAAGUUCCCAAGAAGAAGGAUGCAUUGUGCUUUAAUAUCCAAGAGCAUCCCGGCAUCAUCCUGAACCUUAUUGUGGACCCAGAGUUGGGAAUUGCAGUCAAUGGUGAACUUAUUGGAAAGAAAUCGAGUGGUAAUUUGAUAUCAAAUGAAACCUUUUUUGGAAAGUUGGGCCUCAUUAACAAAGGCAUGGAAUUGAAAAUCGAAGUGAAUACAGAUAAAAUCAUUGUCAAGAAUGGGGAAAAGAAGACAACUUUCUCAUGGCAGGAAAUAGUGACACUACGUGAGGAUGGGCUUGAACUUUUUAUUAACAAGAAAAAUGUGUUUCUUUCAAUGGGAGAAGGAGCAAAAUUUGUCAUUAUUUUGCAUAAAGUUUGGAAAAACCACCCUUUUAAUAGGGAUUUCCUGGGAUUUUAUACUUUAGACAACCACAAAUUCUCAGCAAGCGUUCAUGGACUGCUGGGACAAUUUUUCCAUGGAAUUGACUUUGAGAUUUCCAACGUGCAUAAUACUGCUGACCCAGCAAAACCAGAUGCUUCUAUGUUCGUGAAAAAUAGACUGUUGACAGUGACCAGGGGUUCACAGAAAGAUUAUAUGAAGGACGCAAUAAAUGGCAGUAAGGUGCCAUGUUGGUUCGUUCAUUAUAAUGGACAAGGCUUGAUUGAUGGAAAUCACACGGACUACAUCGUACCUAACCUGUUUAGCAUUGGAUAAGAUCUCACAGGCCCAUACAUGUUACAGAUACCAAAUUAUAUUCAUCACAAUGUUUCUUUCACAUUCAUCAUCUUGAUUUAUAUGAAAAUAUAUAUUUUUGCCAGUAAUACCUAGAGAGCAUCAGAGAAUUUGUAACAAAUGAAACGGUUUAGUAAAGUUUAGAGCUGUAAGUCAUGUGCUAAAUAAAGUAAUACAUUUUAAUUAAAUUGCAUUGAAAAAAAAUAGCUGAACAAAUAAAAUACAAAGGCUGAUA